UAUCACAACUGAAAGAAAACCACUUCUCUAUUACUUAGUGAAAAGAGACAAAAAAAUGGAAUCUUGGGUUCGUAUUUUUAUCUUGUUUGCCUGCCUCUUUCCAGCCUUUGUAGAAUGCCGGAUUCGACGUUACAACUUCAAUGUAAUGGUGAAGAAUACGACUCGCCUGUGCUCAACCAAGCCCAUUGUCACUGUUAAUGGCAAAUUCCCAGGACCCACAGUCUAUGCUAGGGAAGAUGAUACUGUGCUUAUCAGAGUUGUUAACCAUGUCAAAUAUAAUGUCUCUAUCCAUUGGCAUGGUGUCAGACAACUUAGAACAGGUUGGGCAGAUGGACCAGCAUAUAUCACACAAUGUCCAAUUCAGCCAGGACAAAGUUAUUUGUACAAUUUCACCAUUACAGGUCAAAGGGGUACACUGUUUUGGCAUGCUCAUAUUCUGUGGCUAAGGUCCACAGUACAUGGCGCCAUUGUUAUUUUGCCUAAGCUUGGUGUGCCAUAUCCAUUUCCAAAACCUGACCAUGAAGCUGUAGUUGUUCUAGCUGAAUGGUGGAAAUCUGAUACUGAAGCUGUGAUUAAUCAAGCAAUUAAGUCAGGUUUAGCCCCUAAUGUUUCUGAUGCUCACACAAUCAAUGGUCAUCCUGGACCCCUUUCGAACUGUCCAUCCCAAGGUGGAUACACAUUGAGUGUUGAUCCUGGAAAAUCCUACAUGUUAAGAGUCAUCAAUGCUGCACUCAAUGAAGAACUCUUUUUCAAGAUUGCUGGCCACAAAAUGACUGUAGUAGAAGUAGAUGCUACCUACAUAAAACCUUUCAAAACAGACACAAUUGUGAUUGCCCCUGGCCAAACCACAAAUGUAAUUGUCACAGCUAAUCAAGGUUCAGGAAAAUACAUGGUUGUUGCUUCUCCAUUCAUGGAUGCACCUAUUGCAGUCGAUAACGCGACUGCAACAGCCACAUUACAUUAUUCGGGCACGUUGGCUAGUUCAGUCACUACCCUAACAAACACUCCGCCCAAAAACGCGACCCCUGUGGCUAACAAUUUUGUAGACUCUCUUCAAAGCCUCAACUCGAAAAAAUACCCUGCUAAAGUUCCAAAAAAUGUGGAUCAUUCGUUGUUUUUCACAGUAGGGUUAGGAAUUAAUCCAUGUCCAAGUUGCAAACAAGGUAAUGGAAGCAGAGUUGUUGCUAGCAUAAACAAUGUCACAUUUGUUAUGCCAACUACAGCACUUCUACAAGCACAUUUCUUUGGUAUCAAAGGAGUUUACACAACAGAUUUUCCUCAAAAUCCUCCAAUUAAAUUCAACUAUACUGGAAAACCACCAGUAAACUUGGCUACGACGAGCGGGACGAAGGUUUACAGGUUGCCAUAUAAUGCAACAGUUCAAUUAGUUUUGCAGGAUACUGGAAUUAUAGCGCCUGAAAACCAUCCUAUCCAUUUGCAUGGAUUUAAUUUCUUUGCAGUAGGUAAAGGGCUAGGAAAUUUUAAUCCAAAAACAGAUCCAAAGAAUUUUAAUCUUGUUGAUCCUGUUGAGAGGAAUACAAUUGGAGUGCCUGCAGGAGGAUGGGUAGCUAUAAGAUUCCGCGCUGACAAUCCAGGAGUUUGGUUUAUGCAUUGCCAUUUAGAGGUGCAUACAACAUGGGGAUUGAAGAUGGCAUUCCUUGUAGAUAAUGGAAAGGGUCCAAAUGAGUCACUUUUGCCACCUCCAAAAGAUCUUCCAAAAUGCUAAAAUCUAGGAUAUUGCCAUUCAAAAGGAGUUGGCUCCUCCUCUUCACAACUUAAUGCGAGCAAAAUGUAGGAACACGGCAAAUUAAAGGUUGACAACGAAGAAAAGAGAGUCAAUAAUGCAUUAUAUUGUAUUCAUUUCUUGAGUAAAAAAGGAAUUUUUUUUGCUCAAGCUUCUCAAUAAUUAUAUGAAGUUUGUAUGUAUACAUUUUUUUUGCGGUUUUGAAUAAAUGUUUGA